AUGGCGGAGUCGAUGAGUACUUCGACUUCUUCAGAGUUUUGGCACCGCAAUCUAGUGGACAUACCGUUGUUCACAAGCGCCUUUAUUGACAAAAUGGCUAGUAAAAACCUUCCAAUGAAGGUGACAUUGACAAGAGGCUAUAAAUUCUUUCACGAAUCAUAUAUCCACGAUGUCGAAGGUAAGCUUCCGGAUGUGACUGCAUUGAACGUCAUUGCUCGAUAAUCGUUACUUGUGCCUUUUGUAGUAGUCGAAGUUUAGAGUCUGGUCGAAACAAACGCAAAAUAUGUAAUUUUUCACAGUUAAGCUUGCUAAGGAAGAGGAGGGAAUUAGGGUGAGAGCAAAAUGCUUCAGAAGUAUGAAAAAGAAUGAAGAGCGCCACAGACUUCAUGUGGUGUUCAAGCGUCAAAAUGAAGUGGCAGUGGAGUCAUUUAUGUGUAGCUGUGCAGCCGGUCAGGGCCUGUAUCACCACGUUAUUGGGCUCCUGUAUACACUUGCUCAUUACAAAAUGCUCGGGUUAAAAAGUGUACCGCCUGUUGUUUCUAAAACAUCCAAACCGCAGGUAAAUUUCUCAAUAAAAUUGUUUAGAUAAGUACAGACUAGCGAUAUCAUUUUUACUUGAGUUAUUGGAGUGAACUUCAGCCUUCUUUAAUACUCGUUCUAAUGACUUAUUUCUAGACUUGGCAUAUUCCUUCCAGAACCGAAGGAGUUAGUCCAAGGCUAGUUAUGGAUGUUGUGAUCCAGAAGGCUGAGAACCCUUCUCAGCAACCUGCCCAGGUUAAGAAAAACCGGAAGGUGUCGGGGGUUUCUUGUACUGUGUACAAGGCUUUUGAAGAACAGCUUGCUUCCCUUAAUCUACCAAGUACCCUCAGCCCAUUGUUUGACAAGCUUGACCCCAAGCCUGGGUUUUUGAGGAUUUGGCCAGAGGAAGAUGAAGACAUUCCUCUAGUUGAGACAAAGUAUGGGCUGGUUCCACGGGGGUCUGUCCUCUCCUAUCAGCAGCAACAAACAAGUAAAAAAAGCUCUGAAAACCUUGCUCAUCCAGUGCCAAAUUUUGACUUGCCAGAUUUUGGGUUCCCGCCAACUGUCCUUACUGAGAAAGAGCUGCUGCACUUCAAUUCCCUUGCAGUAUCUUUGGAUCAAGCCCUUGAAUAUGAACAAAUAACAAGAGACCAAUCAAUGUCUCGGGACUGGCAUCGCUUAAGAAAGUACCGCCUGACUGCGUCAAAUUUUAAAGUAAUCUGUUCGCGAAGGAAAGAUCAUGAGAGCCUUUCAGCCCGUCUGUUGCAAAGGAAAGUGGUGCAAACAGCUGCCAUGAGAUAUGGCAUUCAGCAUGAGGAUGAGGCUGCAAAUCAGUAUGCAGAUCAAUUUGGAAGAGCUGUUUAUCCGGUUGGUUUUGUUAUCAAUCCUUCCUUACCGCACCUUGGUUGUAGUCCUGACAGAAGAGUUUAUGACCCCUCUGAAAAUGAGCCAUGGGGAUUACUAGAAAUUAAAUGCUCUCCAUCAGACUAUUUGUCUGAUCAUAGUUAUUAGAGGAGACUGGUUAUGAAAAGCGGCAAACAUCAAUGAUAAAAACAACAGUGCUGCAGUUUAUGUUGGAAGCACCCUGAAAGUGCAUAAUCCUUUGUUUUCUGUUGGCGAAUUGUUACGGAAUAAAUUAAUGCAACGUUUUUAUUGGUCAAUACAAUCAAAAUGAUAGGAAUUCUUUUGAACGUUGUGCACUUUCAGGUCCACAAAAACAUAUAAUAAAGGAGUCUGACGGGUUUCAUAACCAUUCCACUCAAUUAACUAUGGUCUGAUUUAAAUUACUUAAAACAUAAUGGUAGAACUGGUGCAUACUCUCUCAAAAAGACUCACGCAUAUUAUUAUCAAAUCAUGGGCUGUGUUGGUUUGACAGGUAGUGCUUGGGAGGAUUUUUUUGUCUUUUGCCGCAGUGAGUUCCACCGUGAAAGAAUUUAUUUUGAUGCUACCUUUUUCUCAGAGAUGCUUGAAAAGCUCAACCGCUUCUAUUUUGACAUUCAUCUUAAUGCUUCUGUU